AUGUGGUGGUUAAUUUUCACGUUGUUUGUGGCGAAAAAUGUGGCCAGCAAUCCGGGCUUGGCCCCUGAAAUAAAAUUGAGGGAUGGAUAUUUGAUGCCCACUUUUGGGUUGGGUACUUGGCUUGGUGUAACUAAAGAGGGUUCCUUGAACGAAGUACAAGACGAUUCGGUAGAGAAAGCUGUCGAAGCAGCUAUAGACUCGGGGUAUAGGCAUAUAGAUACUGCUUCCCUCUACAAAACUGAGCCCCAGGUUGGAAAAGCAAUUGAUAAGAAAAUAAAAGAAGGUGUUGUAACAAGAGAAGAAGUGUUUGUAACUACUAAGCUUUGGGGUGAUCAGCACGCUAAAGAACAAGUGGUCCCUGCACUUAAAAGCUCCCUUAGGAACCUCACUAUGGACUACUUGGAUUUAUACUUAAUACAUUUCCCCGUUGCAACUAAAGGUUUAUCUUUCAUACCAGACGACACAGACUAUUUAGAAACAUGGCACGGUAUGAUAGAGGCUCAGAAACAGGGUCUCACCCGGUCUAUCGGAGUUUCAAACUUUAACGAGGAGAUGAUAGAGAGGCUUAUCAGGGAAACCGGAGUCACACCGGCUGUGUUACAAAUUGAAAUCCACCUUAAUCUGCAACAACCGAACCUCCUUAAAUACUGUAGGGAACGAGACAUCGCAGUCAUGGGCUACACUCCGUUCGGGGCCCUAUUCCCUAGCAAAGCCGCGUCUGGGGCUCCACCGCCAAGAAUCGACGAUCCGGCCCUAGUCAAAAUCGCAAAUAAGUACAACAAAACAGUACCACAAGUUGUACUUAGAUAUAUUUUUGAACUAGGCGUCGUGGCCAUUCCGAAAUCGGUAAAAGCAUCCCGUAUCCGUGAAAAUAUCGAUAUAUUCGAUUUCUCACUGAGCGACGAAGAUAAGCAACUCCUGCGCAGUUACGACGCCAACUAUCGAACAACUACGGUGCCCUUCUGGAAGGACCACCCGUACUAUCCUUUCAAGCCGUGGUAA